AGUGCAAUAUUAGCUCAGUAAAUUAUCUGUUUGUGUGAUCAAAAUUAAUUGAAGAAUGAAAAUAUUUCUGGAAAAUUAUUCAGACUCAAGAAACAAGUUUUAAUCUAACCGCGGCCACAUGGUAACCAUCGAUACUGUAGCCCUAGUCAACGCAUUUUCCUUGAUUUAAACAAGUUGUUUACAUGUGUUGAUUUUUUUUAUUAUUUGUUCGAGUUUGGUUGUUAAUUUAAAGUUUUGUGAUAGUUUAAUCAUGGGUAAAAAGGUCUACGCUUUGAACAAAGCUGAAGUCGAGGCUAAAAGAAAGGCUAAAGAGGAAAGGCGAAAGGAAAGAGAGAAAAUCAAUGCUCCGAAACAAACUCCACGUACAAUUGAAUCAACACGGGAACCUGAUGAUACUUGGGUUGAUCCUGAAGACGAUGAAGUUAAAGAAGACGAAUCUUUGGAUCUUUUGUCCGACUAUUUUGCUCGUAAGCGAGAACCUAAAGUUUUGAUAACUACAGCUGACAAUCCACACACCAAAACAAUUAAAUUUUGCCGGGAGUUGAAACAAUCUUUAGAAACUGCUGAGUUUCGCUGGCGGAAUCGCAUGCCUGUUAAGCAAAUGGUCAAAGCUGCAUCAAAAAGGAACUUUUCUCAUAUCAUAAUUAUCAAUGAAGACCACAGGAAACCAAAUGGACUGCUUCUUAUUCACUUACCUAAAGGACCUACCUGUUUUUUCAGGUUAUCUAGUGUCAAAUUCUGUGAGCAGAUAAAAAAUAGGGCUAAAAUUACUAAACACAAACCUGAAGUUAUUAUGAAUAAUUUUAACACUAGAAUUGGUCACACUGUGGGUCGGGUAUUGACGAGUUUAUUUCACUUUGACCCUGAAUUUCAUGGUAGAAGAGUAGUUACCUUUCAUAACCAGCGAGAUUAUAUCUUUUUUAGGCAUCAUAGAUAUCAAUUCAAAAAUGGUCAAAAAGUAGCAUUGCAAGAGAUCGGACCACGUUUCACCUUAAGAUUGAAGUGGGUACAGGCUGGCACAUUCGACACGAAAUAUGGCGAAUAUGAAUGGGUCCUAAAAAGACACGAAAUGGAAACUUCAAGGAGAAGAUUCUUUCUUUAAAAUCCAUUUUUAUUUCGUCAUUUUUGUUACAACACAUGUAUAUUUUGAAAUGAAUUGAUGUAUUGAUUGAUUUAGCUGAGAUUCCUUUUGCUUUGCUUUGGGAAUCGCUAAAAUUAAGUUUGUACAGAGAUUUCAUGAUCUUAAAUUAAAUAUCUUGGCCUGAAAGCGGGAUUUUUUUCUGAAUAAGACCAUAUCGAAUACGAUAUUGGCUCAGAGUGAUUAUGAAAUGAAUAAAAUCAUCAUUUGUUGGUA